AUGAAAGGAUUGGGAUCCACCGUCAAGUGGCUUGGCAAGCUCCAUCCCGAAGUAAGGAGAGACACAACCAAGUGGUGGGAGUUCCACAACGACCAUAGGCACAACACCGCAGACUGUAUUGCCUUACGACUUGAGGUUGCCGUACUUCUGAAAAGGCGACAUCUCCAUGAUCUAUUUACUAACAAGGGGAAGAACAUCAUUAGCCAGAAAAGCUCCAAAGAACCGUCACCCCCUCCGUGGAAACCCACACGAAAAUGUUUCUGCUCGCUCAUCUCCGGAGGAUCAGAGAUCAGCGGGGUAAGUUACUCAUCGGCCAAGCGGUAUGCUAGAGCCAACCACCACCAUGAAGUCCAGUCCAUCCAUCCAGUCCUGCGGUCACACUCUCAUCAGGUAAUUCAGUUUGAAGAUGACGAACCGGUCACACUGGCUACUCCUCAUCACGAUGCUUUAGUCGUCUCCCUGCAGAUUGCCAACAUCCUAGUGAAAAGGGUGUUCGUAGAUAGGGGUUCGUCAGCAAACAUCCUGUUCCUUGAAGCAGUCAAGGCAAUGGGACUAGAAGAAGCAAACAUCAACAGGCGACUGACACUGCUGGUUAGGUUCAGCUCGGAGCAGAAAUACUCUGUCAGAGAGGUCGUCCUCCCCAUCUACGCUGGCAAAAUAAACAAACAGACCGUCUUUGUAAUAACUGCUUCAUACUAG